AUGGCCUGGUGGCAUGGAUCUAUCACACAAACAGUGCUGUCCCUUGGGGUUGCAGGCGCCGCCUACGUGCUUUGGCUGGCUAUCCAGCGGCUAUGGCUUUCACCGAUCGCUCAUUUCCCGGGCCCCAAAUUGGCCGCCCUCACGAUGUGGUAUGAAUUUUACUAUGAUUCAUUCCUAGAAGGGGAGUACACGUUUCAAAUCGCCGAAAUGCAUCGCAAGUACGGCCCAAUCGUGCGAAUCAGCCCUUACGAGCUCCACGUCAACGACCCCGAAUACUAUGAUGUGUUGUAUUCGCGAGACGCGCCGCGAAACAAGUCUUUACAUUUGACGGGAAUGUUUGGCGCCCCGGCAUCCGCGUUUGGGACAGUCGACUAUCGGCGCCAUCGGAUACGGCGUCAGCCAAUGAAUCCAUUCUUCUCCCAGCAGCGAAUUCGAACACUAGAGCCAAUGAUCCGAGGCAUGAUUGACAAAUUAUGCAAGGGUAUGCGCGCCUGGCAGGAUAGGCGCGCCCCACUCCAUCUGUACCAUGCAUUUAAUGCUUUCACCACGGACGUGGUGGUGGAGUACACCAUGGGAGACUCGUUUCACUAUCUUGAUGACCCCGAUUUCACGCCACAGUGGUCGAAAACAAUUCAAGCGAUUGUGCGGGCGGGAAUGCAGUUCAAGCAAUUCCAAUGGUUCAUGGGACUCUUUGAGCUCUUUCCACGGUGGCUCGUCCUGAGCAUCAACCCCGAUAUCGGACCCGUCCUCGACCAGAAGGCCGAAAGCAUACGCCUAGCGAACUUGGUCAUUGAUAGCCAAGACUCCGAUAGUGUGUCUGGCGAUAAAGCAUGCGUACCCAAAGGCACAUUGUUCCAUGCGCUUCUACAAAGUAGCCUGCCGCCAGAGGAAAAGACCGCGAACCGCUUGAGCCAAGAGGUCUUCACUGUUAUUGCGGCUGGGGGAGAAACGACGGCCAAAAAUCUGACCACCGUCACUUUCCACCUCCUGAAUAAUCCCGAAAUGCUUCAGAGACUCCGCGAGGAGUUGAAUCGGCUAGAUCCCGACGGGACGGCGUCUUUGGUGGAAUAUGAGGCAAUGCCCUACUUGACGUCAGUUAUGCUGGAGGGUCUGAGAGUCUCCUUCGGUGUUGCAACGCGACUUCAACGCAGCUCGCCUGAUCAGCCUAUGAUGUACAAAGACUGGGUCAUUCCUCCUGGGGUACCGGUCGGUAUGACCAGUCUAUUGAUACAUAACAACGAAGACAUCUUCCCCAAUCCGGAAGAAUUUAUCCCGGACCGAUGGAUGGACCCGACAGAAAGGCAUCGCCUUGAAAGAUACCUGGUCGCUUUUAGCAAAGGGUCCAGGCAGUGUAUCGGUAUUCCUCUCGCAAAAGCAGAGAUCCUCAUGGCAAUCGCGACCAUUUUCAGGGAAUUUGACAUGGAACUGUAUGAAACCACAUUCGAUGAUGUCCGUGUUGUGCGCGACAUGUUCAAUGGGCAUCCGAGAAAAGGAAGCCAAGGCGUCCGCGCCAUCAUUACUAGGUGGAAUGGACGCCUGGGGGCAAGUUGA